CUGGGCGCACUCGUAGCCUGUGGUCCAGCAGAGAGAGCUGGAGUAUGUUCAUAAUAAAGACGUCACCCUGUGCUCUGACCGUGCCAACCAAGUGCGCAGCUCUUAACUUAACAUGCUUACGGACGACCGAGGAGUCCUCACAUCCCCUCCGCUCGUCAACAAAAGCAUUCUGGCACCGACAUCUGCAGUGGGUCGGUAGCCAGAACACCGUUUUUCACUACAGGACGUUUUUGGGCACGCGGACUUCUUUGCUGCGCACUUGGAGCCGAGGCUGAUUCGCGAGGAUUUAAAGGAAGGAGCAGGGACUCUUAAGCCAGGUGAGGCUGAUGAUGGAGGAGGUGUCAGGUCCCCGGUCCUGCACUGCCAAGCCCCCCCACAGUCUGCUCGAAUGGAAGAAGAGAGUCAAGUCUGAGUACAUGAGGUUAAGACAGUUGAAACGCUUCCGCAAAGCUGAGGAGGUCAAGGCUCUGUUCCAGUCAAAUCGCCGCAAGAUUGAAGGAAGAACUGAGCUGCUGAAUGAGGAAUGGUCCAAGCUCCGAAUCCAGUCCAUUCCCCUGUCCACAACCAGUGGCUCUCUGCCCAGUAAAAAGUUGUGCAUGGUAGAGUCUGGCUUUCCAUCUUUUCCGAACCAGGCAGUUGCCAUGCGUCCCUUGACAACUGUUGCUGGGAUACCAUUCAUGUACUCCUGGUCCCCUUUGCAGCAGAACUUCAUGGUGGAAGAUGAGACAUUUCUGCAUAAUAUCCCAUUACAUGGGAGAUGAGGUGUUGGAACAGGAUGAAGCUUUCCUGGAAGAGCUGAUUGACAAUUAUGACGGGGUGCAUGGAGACAGAGAAGGAGGCUUCAUAAAUGAUGAGAUCUUUAAAGAGCUGGUGGAGGCACUGAGCCAAUACUCAGACCCAGAGGAAGAGGAGGAGGAAGAGCCCUCAGAGAGAACAGAGAAAGAGGAGGAGGAGGGGGAGGAGGAGGAGGAGAAGAAAGGGAUGCAGAAAACUACAGCUGAAGGACCAG